AUAAGAAAGAAACAGUCUACCCCGACACUAUGUGAAUUUAACUUUUUUCUUUUCAACAUGCAACCAUGUAUUUCUUGGCUUGCUAGUUAUUGAUUUUAUUUCUUGUGAGCCCUGAAGAGCGAAAAAGUAAGUAACAGAUCCUGUCUAUUUUACUAACUCAGAUAAUAAAGAAUGACGGUGGUCUUGCCACGAAUCAAUGUCCGUGACUUGUUGCAUGCAACACCUGCUGCUCAGUCCACCUCCAAUGCCUUCUCUGGACCCGGUAGGCAAGCUGGAGGACAUUCAAGAACUGCAUAUAAUGCACAACAAAGCUCUUAUCCAUCGUCAAGAGGCAAGCGUGGUUUUCCAGCGCCCUUGCAAGAGCCGUAUGGUGGCUUUGCGUCAUCGACGAGUGGUGCUGGUGCACAACCUGCUGGUGGAAGCAACAGUGUUAUUAAGGAGCUUAAGGGGCUUUUCGCAUACUUAUGGAUUUCCUCGCAGCAAGAAAUCAAUGGAGCAUACUGUCGAACUCGGUAUCGAGUUGGCUUCCUCUGUUUUGUCGUUAGUUGAGAGUGGGAGUCGUAUCGUGUAUCGCUAGUGUUUGUCGUGCAGGACUGAUUACGCAUUGUAUUGCUGUUUCGAUUUGUCAGUGAGGACUACAUCGACAGUCGAUUAUUUAUGGAUUUCCUCGCAACAAGAAAUCCAUGGAGGACCAUACUUCUUCUAAGACCAACAUCGCCCAAGCAUCCCCCAGUUACCAUAGUACCGCCAAAAGGCCAUCCGUCGACACGGUAGUGACGCAGGACUUAUGGGGAAUGCCUGGAUCGAAUCGCACUAGCCCCUCCGCAGCCAUGCGUGCCAACCUGAUGUUGAGUGAGGUGGCUGAGCAAAGUGGGAAGCAUUCGUUGAGUGCACUGGUUGGACGUGGUGGAGGAGAUCAAGGUGGUCUUGAUGGAGAUAGUGCUGGAUAUAAUCAUGGGCAAGGAGGUGAACCAGUCAAAAAUGCGGGGUUUAGUACGACAGCGAAUGCAGGCUUUAGUACUACUACAGCAGCGAAUACAGCUUAUAACGCCAAUUUCAAUAUGACAUCAGUCGGAGGGUUUGGCGCUGGAGGUGCAAAUAAGAAGUCGACUAUGCUGCACUACUACACGCCACCGCCUAAGCCGCCGCGAAUGCAAAUGAAGGGUGCGAGUCUUCAACAUCUGAAGAGUGUAGUACCCCAACAACAACAAGGACAAGGUCUUUCAUCUUCCCGGGCGCAACUAAACCAGCAAGAGGGUGGAUCUUCGUCUUCGACGAGCUUGAAAAAGCAAAAACAUGACGAUCUUUCAUUACAACAGCAGCAACAAGAUAACUACUCUAGCAAGUCGUCGAGUAAGUCACGAGGAAAGCAGUCAGGUUUGGCAUCAUCUUCGUCUGUGCAGGGAUACAGUCAGCAACAGCAACAAGGACAGACUGGAUACAACCCUCAUCAACAUCAGCAAGGAUACAACCCUCAUCAACAGCAGCAACAGCAUCUUUACAACAGCAAUCUUAAUAGGUCAAAUUACAAUAGGUUCAACAUCCCUGCUCCCCAUGAAGAGGCGAAAAAUAUCGCCCCUUGCUGGCCCAGUGAGUACCAGCGCGGCAGUGGUGGCCUCUUUCACAGCAGUGCACAUGCAGAGAGUCGAGCAGCACCGAAUGCGCCGAGAAACGGACCUAUGGGUCAUGGUCAUCAUGGGAUAAGGAGUUUGGAACCACCUCCAAAUCGGAAAUCGAUCCACCACAGGAGUGCUUCGACUGGGUACAUGCCACCCGCAGCGCCUGAGAUUCCGCCGCACAGCGAUGCCGGUAGUAUGCUGCGGUUGCCGCCAUUGCUGCAGCAGACUUCGCCGAAAAGACAACCGGCUUGCGGAUGGACGCAACAUAGGGAGUUACUGGGAACGGGGAGUAGGAAAGGUAAGAUGAAAGAUCGAAGAGAUGAACAGUUCUUGUAAAUGUUCUUCAUCUUUCUCUUUGUGAGUCUUAAUAUGAAUGCUUCAUCAGAAAGGAUCACCUGACUGAUUUUUUCCAUAAUUUUCCUCAUUUUAUAAUACACGAGGUCUGGUUCCUUCCGACGUCGAAGCCGCUAGACCCGAACAGGAAAGGAGUUCACUCAAUUCACGUGAUGACCGGUCGACACGGGAUACGUCUAAAGACACGAGUACAGCGAGAGGUGCGCGCGGGUCGUCUAGUGGGAUUCCGACUGCGGAUUGUAGUCGUAGACCAAGCUUUUCUACACUUGGUGGCGGAAGGGGAGUAUUCAUAUUGGGAAGCUGAGAGUUUUGUUUCAAUCUGUGAUGUGGCCAUGUGGGCACAAGGAAUACUUUCGAGACUCCACUACAAUUAACAAUUUAGAUUUAGUAAAAUGGAUCCCGUUAUGCGCACGAUGGAUCGAUCCAGAAAAAGGUACUUAGUUGUUCAACAUCUCAUCACAGGAUUCCUCCGGAGUUGUAACUGUAGAACACAGCAGACGACCGAGUUGCAAGUUGUCGGACGUGAAUGAGGAGAGCAGCAGUGAAGCGCGAGGUUCGAAGGGAAUGCCGCAGAAGGCACAAUCGGUACUGCGUGAUGCAAAAUUAACUGCACAAGACACUUUCUUGCCAGAAUAAGAGCCGAAUAUUGGAAAUAGAUGGAGUCCCAGUCCAACGUGUUAUUUCGAUUUCCUUCUUGCAAGAUCUUCUUCCUUAAUACAUAUAUCGUCGAUCUUAACGUUUCUAUCACUUUUAUUCCCCUUUAAUAACACAAUCCGUCCCCACCCAGUUGCCAACGCUGCUCACGGUGGAGGAAACACGGAAAAAUAAUAGGGUGGCAAAUCCAGGAACGUUUUGGUUUGACGCCUCCUCAGCCUCUGCGAAUAACAAGGGUUCCAAAGCUUCCCACCUCCAAAAAGACAGCGUGUGGCAGACCAAACGGACAGCAAUGUUAUGACUAGUAUAUGUAUAGAUGAUCCAGCCUUGACUGCAUUCCUGAAAAUUACUGGAAAUUAUUUCCUUGAUUCCUGAAAAUUAUUUCUUGAAAAUUAUUUUCUGAAAAUGAUUUCCGUGACAUUCCUGCUCAGGGAUGCAGGUGAAGAAGGAUGAACUACUACGCAUGAUAUGUCUAACGGUGCCAGCUGCAGCUUUAGAAUAUCAGCCGAUAACCGAGGAAUUACUCGCUCGAAUGGAAGCUAUGUCACCGGUUCAGCAGCAGAAGGGUCGCGAGAUCAAAAGGAUGCUAGGACAAAUGGGUGGACCAUUUACAGUGAAAGCUGAAGGAAUCAAGAAGGUAGAAGGCGAAUGGAAAAGCGUAAGGCAGUGUACGCCGAUACAAGGCGAGCGGAAAGAUAUGGCAAGACAAUUAUACGACAAAUUGGCGAAGUUGUCUUGAUUUUACGUGCUGUGUUUCUGAGACUUGGUCUCUUCAAUAACAAACUCUGAGAUGACGUUAGUCCGGGAUGUUGAUGUUGCAUUUCGUGUGGAGGUUUAGUCCUCUCUGGAGAUUGGUUACACUAGAAAGAAGAUCUAUCAUUUUCUAUCGAGUCACUUUGCAAGGAUCGGGUCUUUUUCACGUUACUUAGGUUCAUUUUCAUUUUCACAUUCACCACAAUCACAGUAGCAACGACUGCUGUCAAGUCUGGUUAUGGGGAUUUCGGGUUCAGACUUCAUGUGAACUUUAUUUUCAAAAGGGGACACACAGUGAAAAAGUACUUAGAAAUAGAUUGAUACAGGAAACGCCUUGGCUUGCUUUAUGAAUAUGUUGUUGGGAAUGCAUGUUCGGACAUAGUGUGUAUCGUUA